AUGAAUUUUACAAACAUUACCAUUAGAAAACCAUCACUUACCACUGAAGAUGAUGUUUCUCUCUUGACCUCCGUUGCCAAGACAUUAUUUUACGAAGCAUUUCAUCAAGAUAACACUGAAGAAAAUAUGAGAGAUUAUUUAGAACAAGCAUUUAACACAACACAACAAGUGAAAGAAUUGACCGAUCCUAAUGUGUAUCUUUCAUUUAUUCAAGUUGAUUAUGAUAAUGCAUUGGAAGAGUAUCUAAAACAAAAGUGCACUCCUGAAAGAAUUGAAUUCCUAGAUUCGAAUAUGUCCUUUUAUGAAUCUAAUCAAAAGAAACUUGUCAUUGCUUAUAGUAAAUUGAACUAUGGCUCAUUCGAACCAUGUUUGAAAUAUCAAAAUAAGGAAACUAUUGAAUUAUGUAGAUGUUAUGUAUUGAAGGAAUUCCAUGGAACAUCAAUCGCUCACAAACUAAUGCAAGAAUGUUUGAGAGUUGCAAGGGAGGAAUUUGGUGGAGUUUGUAAAUCAAUUUGGUUGGGAGUUUGGGAACAUAAUUUGAGAGCUAAGCGAUUUUAUGAAAAAUUCAAGUUUGAAAAGGUUGGUGAGCAUGUUUUUGUGAUGGGAGAUGAUCCACAAAGAGAUGAAGUUUAUGAAUUAAUUUUGUAA